UCCUCCUGUCUUGACACCAACACUGCUGCCACCCACACCCCCAACCCUCUGGAAGAUCUGCCAUCAGAGUGUAGGGUGGGUUUGCACUUCCCGGGACCUGGGUCCAGCCAUAGGGUCAGAGGCACUGAGGGAUUUGUAAACUUGCGAUCCAGAUCACCAGAAUUGAGCCCUGGGUCUCGUCUUCUCUGUUUGGUAUUUAUAGGUCUGUCUCUCCUCCCAGGAUAACAACAAAAACCCGCCAUGCCUCUGGGAAAACCUGCCCCGCUAAACAAGCGGAAAAAGCCCACCAAGAUCAUAACUGACCUAUCACAUAUCACUCAGGAUGAGUAUGAGUCAGAGCCGGAGGCAUCAGAGUUCGACCUGGGAACAAAGAUCAGGACUCCCAAAGACAUCAUGCUGGAGGAGCUUUCGUUGAUGAAAAACAAAGGAUCCAAGAUGUUCAAGAUGAGGCAGCAGAGAGUGGAGAGGUUCAUCUACGAGAACAACCCCGACGUCUUCAGCAGUGAGUCUAUGGACAACCUCCAGAAGUUUGUCCCUGCUCUGGGAGGUCAGAUGGGAGGUGACAUGAUAACUGUUGGUGGGCAUUUUGUUAGCAAACAGACUGGACACCUGCAUUUGGGAGCGAUGCAGGCUGGAGGAGCCCCCGUGCCUCCUCCAAAGCCUGGAAGCAAAGGUGCAGGAGCAGGAGGAGCAGGAGGAGCAGGAGGUGCAGGAGGUGCAGGAGGAGUGGGUGGGGGCGACCAAGGGAAAGGUGGAAAAGGAGAAGGAGCUAGUGAGUGGUCUCCACUUAAAGGAGGUGGAAAGGGUGACGCAUCCAAGAAGCUGAUUGUUGUGAAGACAUAUGUGUCUCCAUGGGAGAAGGCCAUGAAGGGUGAUGAAAAUCUGAUAGCCACUCUGAAAACUGGAAUGCCUGGUCCCAUUGUAAAUAGGGAUAUGCGAAAGUACAAAUGCUUCAACAGGUGUGCCAUGCCCUUUGGCGGCUUCGAAAAGGCCAACCAGUUCUUGAAAUUCCAGCUGCCAGAAACUGAAGCCAAACAGGAGCCUGAACCUGCAGUGGUGUACCAACAAGACAUCGGCUGCCGGCCUUCCUUCAACCGCACUCCUAUUGGCUGGGUGGGCAGCUGUGAGCCUGGCACUAUUCACAUGGAGACAGAUGCUGUUCCCUUCGAUGGAGAGACCGACGAGCUGUGAAAAAUAUUCAUACUGUGAUUACACUCACUGUUCACAUGCAUACACGCAAGCAUGAAUGCAUGCACACACACACACAAAAUAGAUGAGCUUACAGUGAAAUGUUAUACUGAUGAUCUCUAAGUGUGGAUGACUGAAAGCGUAAAUGAAAUGUGGUCUUCUUAUUUUGCUCUAUAUUUGGUUGUAAAGCAAAAAAACAAGCUGUAGAUGUCAUGGGGGAAGAAACAGAAAAGUUUCUUUAAGUUCUUAGGUUGAGUUUAAACACUCAAUUGGUCAGAAGAGUUUUUGUGCACGGUGAAAAGCUGCAGAUUUUGCCAAUGAGGAAAGAAUGAAGUAUGAAGGAUUGAUUUAUGCUAUGUUACUAUUGUCUUGAUGUCAACUCGUUACCAUACUUGUUAUUUCCCGGUGCCUUUUUUGUUGUUAAGAUUCUUUGUUCAUUUGUUGAGCUAUAAAAAAACUAUAAACCUGUCUAAUUCACAGUGCAUGCAUUGAGUCAUUUGCUGAUCCAUUAACCAACUGUAACAACACAGUUUCUCCACAAUAAACAUUUUCAAACUGUAA